CCAUGCUCUCUCUCUCUUAUACGGUCCGCAUGGAUGUUUCUCCCGUUCCUCGUAUGGUCGCCAGCGAGACGACCUUGUCCACCAUCAUUCCCAUGCCCUAGUGCUCCCUCUCCCUCUCGAUCACCCUUCUUCCUAGAUCCCUUGAUCGGAUCGGAACUAAGAUGCAUGCGGUGAACGCUUUGGCGGUGGCCAGGAUGCUGAUGGGAAGCAGGGGCACGGUGAUCGUUCUUGCGGCGGAGGAUAUCGCGUUUGGCUCGCUCUGGUGGUAUUUGUAUGUCGGGAUCUCGUGCUUUCUUGUGCUUUUUGCGGGGAUCAUGUCUGGGCUCACGCUUGGGUUGAUGUCGCUUGGAUUGGUUGAGCUUGAGAUCCUUCAGCGCAGUGGAACGUCCACUGAGAAGCAGCAGGCAGCUACCAUCCUUCCGGUUGUUCAGAAGCAGCACCAACUUCUUGUAACUUUGUUAUUGUGUAAUGCUGCUGCGAUGGAGGCUCUUCCUAUAUUCCUUGAUAAGAUAUUCCAUCCUUUUGUAGCUGUAGUCUUGUCUGUGACAUUUGUUCUAGCCUUUGGAGAGGUUAUUCCACAAGCCAUUUGUACCAGAUAUGGUUUAGCUGUUGGUGCUAAUUUUGUGUGGCUUGUGCGCAUAUUGAUGGUUGUUUGCUAUCCAAUCGCAUAUCCUAUUGGGAAGCUUUUGGAUUGUGCUCUUGGACAUAAUGAGUCAGCUCUUUUUAGGCGUGCUCAGUUAAAGGCACUUGUUUCAAUCCAUAGUAAAGAGGCUGGUAAGGGCGGGGAGCUCACCCAUGAUGAGACGACAAUAAUAAGUGGAGCACUAGAUUUAACUGAAAAGACUGCAGAGGAGGCAAUGACACCUAUUGAGUCGACAUUCUCUCUAGAUGUUAACUCAAAAUUGGACUGGGAAGCAAUCGGUAAGAUUCUAGCUCGAGGCCAUAGCAGGGUCCCUGUUUACUCAGGAAACCCCAGGAACAUCAUUGGCCUGCUGCUGGUGAAAAGCCUUUUAACUGUUCGUGCUGAGACAGAGACACCAGUCAGCGCUGUCUCUAUCAGAAGAAUACCAAGGGUUCCGGCAGAUAUGCCUUUGUAUGAUAUUCUGAAUGAAUUUCAAAAGGGUAGCAGUCAUAUGGCGGCUGUAGUGAAGGCAAAAGGGAAAACAAAGACUCUGUUACUUGCGGAUUUAAAAAUAUCUGAAGAAUCCAAAGAAGCUAGUGGAGACUCAGACCUGACAACUCCUUUACUUAGUAAACCUGAGGAAAAGAGUGAUUGUGUUGUUGUUGAUAUUGACAAGUGGCAGAACAAACAGGUCAAUGGAAACAAGCCAGCUUCUUUACUGCAAAAUGAUGCAUCAAACAAUUUAGUUGCCCGUUCGUCAGAGGACUGUGAAGAGGAGGAGGUCAUUGGCAUCAUCACUCUCGAGGAUGUAUUUGAAGAACUCUUGCAGGAGGAAAUUGUGGAUGAGACUGAUGAAUAUGUUGAUGUGCACAAAAGGAUACGAGUGGCUGCUGCUGCUGCUGCAUCUUCAGUUGCACGGGCUCCAUCAGUUAGGAGGCUAACCAGUCACAAGGCAGCGGGAGCCCAAAAUCGACAAGGGCAACCUACUGGAGGACUGAGGAAGUCCACUGAUGGAGAUUCAGUCUCAUCAAAGCAUCAAGUGACGAUCGUGGAGCCUCUCCAUGGCAACAAGAGAUAACCCUCUAGAUGAACAUAUUAGCAUCCUCGACGAUUAUAGCCAACUUAAGGCAUGUAGAAUGCACAGGUGGCUUUCCUUUCUGAGGAUCAGAGCUCUUAUUGUAAUCUUUUUUGUGUGAAAGAAGAGUGGAUGAUUUGCAAUCUUAUCUUGCAGUAAAAGCUGGUUGUGCAUGUUUUUACAAGAGAUGCUACAGUGCUAAAUCAGUUUUUGUGUGAAUUUAACUAGCUUUAUUUA